CCGCGCCGAGUCGCGUUAUACGCAUGAGCAAACAGCGAGUAACUUGAGCAACAUGCCAGGCAAGGUAUCAUUCAUCAGUCACAGUGAUCGCUGCUGCACGGACGGUGCUUUCGUGCGCCUUUCCUUCAUGCAACAUAACAAUCCGGGGAAGGCAGUGUGUAACACAUCACCAGAAUGUGACUAAACAAGUGUAAUCCUUAGAGAAUAACUUCCCUUCACCUUCCCUAGUAACUAAAGAAUAAAACUUUUUAUUACUUUCUAAAACGUAUUUAAUUUUCCGCGUGUGUCUCGUUUCAAGCUCGCGCCAACAAAACGUGUGUGUGUAUAAAUAAAUAUUAAUUUUAUAGUGUGUUAAGCUAUACCCGACAUGACUAUAUCGUACGCUGGUGAAGUUCCAAAUGGCAGCAGUUUUGGUUGUUUUUGGAGGAUCCUUUGCAAAUGGAGGGGGAGUGUUUACAAGCUGGUGUGGCGGGAACUACUAGCAUAUCUCACACUCUAUUAUACCAUCAACUUAUUAUAUCGAUUUGCCCUUACAGAAGAGCAACAGAGGAUAUUCGAGAAAGUACGGCAAUACUUCGGUGCGCAGAGCGAGUCAAUCCCGAUGUCGUUCGUGCUGGGUUUCUAUGUAAGCCUCGUGGUGAAAAGAUGGUGGGAACAGUACAAAUUACUGCCCUGGCCAGACACUCUUGCGCUCUUCAUCUCUGCCGGGAUCCCUGGAGCGGUCAGUAAAGAUGAAACUGGUAGGUUAAUGAGACGAAACAUUGUAAGAUACGCGAUCCUUGCAUACGUUAUUACACUCCAAAGGGUAUCUUUAAGGGUAAAACGACGUUUUCCAACCUGGCAGCAUGUUGUUGACUCUGGCCUCAUGUUGGAAAGCGAAAGGAAGGUUUUCGAGAAAAUGGACGGGAAGAGUCCAAUGUCGAAAUACUGGAUGCCCUUGGUGUGGGCGACAAAUAUUAUAAACAGAGCAAGAAAAGAGGGUCUGAUAACGAGUGAUCACAUUGUGCAAACCUUGUUGGUGGAAUUGUCGGAUAUUAGGCGGCGCUUGGGUGCGCUAAUUGGAUAUGAUACAGUGUGUGUACCUCUUGUCUACACUCAGGUGGUCACACUUUCUCUCUACACAUACUUUGUUGCUGCGUUGAUGGGUCGGCAGUUAGUGCCGGCUGCACCUGGGAGCACUUCUAAAUAUGAACCCGAUGUUUACUUCCCACUGUUCACAGCGCUACAGUUUUGUUUCUACGUGGGCUGGUUAAAAGUAGCUGAAGUACUAAUCAAUCCGUUUGGUGAAGAUGAUGAUGACAUCGAGUUGAAUUGGCUUAUUGAUAGGCAUAUAAAGGCAGCCUACAUGAUUGUAGACGAGAUGCACGAGGAACACCCUGAACUCCUCAGGGAUCAGUACUGGGAGGAGGUUGUGCCAAAGGACCUGCCAUACACUCUAGCCUCAGAACAUUACAGGCGUCACGAGCCGCCAUGCUCGGCAGAUCACUACAAAGUGAAAGCUGAGGAUGCUGUAUAUGCUAACGUACAAGCACCACGAAAGAGCCAUGAUGAAACUUAUGCUGAUUAUGAGAGUGUAGAUACACCAUUGGUAGAAAGGCGAAAAAACUGGUUUCAAAGACAAAUAUCAAGAAUGGGGUCAGUCCGUUCAGCGUCCACUGCGUAUUCCUCUGGUGGUUUAUUCGGACGGAAUCGCCAUAACUCAGUGGUUUAUUCAAGCCCUGAAGCGGGUCAACCCCCUGUGCAGCAGCAUCCUCCUCAAAAAAUGUCCCUCUAUGAUCGAUUAGUGGGACGGAAAUCUGGUCGAGGGCAACACCGUCAAAAUUCUAGACAUGGUGGACAAAAGAGCAACGGAUCCGCAGUGCCUAUAACGCUACGCAACAGACCCCGUAUUCCUACGCCGGACGUGACAAAAGAAGUAAUCGAUCGUGAAAGUCGGCUUGCUAUGGGUAUGCAGAAUAUGGGUGUCAUAAUGGCGCAUCAAGGUUACCAGAACGAAGUGCCCGUGCUCGGUGCGUUGGUGCUUUCACCCAUACAAGAGCUGGACAGCGGUUCGGUGAACAAUACAUUGCAUGCCGGCCAGCCGGGCACGGCGGCGCUGGCACAGGCUGUGCUGUCGCCUUCUGGUAUCACGCCAAUGUUAACAGCUGCACCUGUCGUAUCACCAGUGACGCUAUCCCCCAUGGGGGUCACACAGUUGUCCUUAGUUGGUUCUGCGCCGUCGACACCCCGUGCAGAUCGUGGUACCACAGGUGGUUCCCCAGUCCCUCCUCGUGCUACUGUCGUCGAAUUACCUCCAUCCGACCGCGACAGCGAACACAGUGCUGCGAGCACUGGCACACCUCCAGAAUUUAAACGGAAAGUGAAUGGAUCCAAACGAGGAGAAGUCUACGUAUAGAUGACAAGAAAUUGUAACAAUAACUUGUGGUGCUUUGAAAUGUGAUUGUUAAUUUUGACUGACGAGAGUAAACAUUGUUAUAGAUAAAGAAAGCUUAUUAUAAAUAUUAUGGACUACUAUUGUAUAAACUAAAUUGAAUUUAGGAGCAAACAGGGAUUGAAUUGUAUAGCUUUCUAUAAAAUAUUUUCUAUUUA